AUGCGUCUCUUACAUUGUCAGUUGUUGACACUGCUGGUUGUAACGGCUAGGGUACAAGCUAGCAUCUCACCCUCCCAGAGGCGAAACUUGGUGAGAUCGUUCAAUCCACACCGCAACGUCAGCUCAUCAACAACACCUCUGCAAGUCGGAAAUGGCGAUUUCGCCUUUGGUGCCGAUAUCACCGGCUUGCAGACAUUUUCGCACUUCGCCAUAGAGAGUACAUGGGCCUGGCACAACUUCAGCUUGCCAACUACCCCAGGGCAAACAUUACCCUCCGGUUUAAAUUGGUGGACGCAUGAUCGCCUCGUGAACUACGAUAUGCCGAAUCCAGCAGAGGAAGAUAUUUCAAAUUGGCUUAUCGAAAAUCCACAAAGAUUAAGUGUCGCAAACAUCGGUCUCUUUUUUGGGCGAGACAAUGUGACAGAGGACCAGCUGGUAGAAAAGUCUCAAGAUCUGGAUCUUUGGGUAGGCAAAAUCCAUUCUACCUUCCGCUACAAGGGGUCGGAGGUGUCUGUGCAGGUCUGGUGUCAUCCAACACUCCCUACUGUGGGCAUAGAAAUCAAGUCCGAUCUUCUAAAAACCGAAAACUUGGGGGUGUUUUUUGACUUCCCUUACUCCGACACCAGCAAGUUCGACGCCCCAUAUGUGGGCGUGUGGAACGACACUUUGCAUAACAACGUCAAACUACACUCUAACCCCAGCACGGCUUCCUUCGAGCAUGUUAUUGACAGCAAUAUCAAUCAGAUUAUGGCUAAAUGGAAUUCGGGGGCUUCCGUUUCCGGCCCUCUUCCGGGCUCAAACAAGUUCGUUCUCAACUCCUCCAAUUCCGAUACUCUGCGGCUCGUGGUUGCCUUUGACGCCACAGCCAACUCUCAAGAUAACCUCCCAACGUAUGACAAUAUUGUCGCAGCGUCCAAAGAGUGGUGGACUGACUAUUGGGUAUCCGGUGCAUUUGUUGACCUCUCAGCAACUAAGAAUGCCAAUGCAACAGAGCUUCAGCGUCGUAUUAUCCUAUCGCAGUAUCUUGUCGCCGUAAAUGAAGCGUCGCAUAACCCUCCACAAGGUUAG